AUGGGUUCUUCAGAGCCUCCUUUGACUGGUUCAGUUCCCUCAGUCCUGAGCUCCCCCGAGCCGCCGGGACUAUGGCAGGAACUCACCAGUUCGGUGAGAGAGGCGGUGCUGCCUCGACGGGGGAAGCUGCCCCCACCGUUCAGGCUCCUGGUAAGAGCGCUCCAGACCAUCUUCCCUAUCCUCAGCUGGGGGCGGAGAUACGACUGGAAGAUGUUCAGGAGUGACUUAAUGGCUGGCUUGACCCUGGCAAGUCUCGGCAUUCCGCAGGUACUGCCCCAAUAAAUAACCAUCUUCACUUGAAGUCUCUCUGUCAUCUUAGUCUUUCCUGUAACAAAGCAGAGGCGGUUCUUGUGAAGUUAACAUGAUUUAAAACCUCUGCAGAGCAUUGGGUAUGCUAAUCUGGCGAGGCUGGAUCCUCAGUAUGGACUCUGUAAGUCUACCACCCUUUUAUUUCCUCGUAUAGGCAUUAUCCUCUCCCUCCUCUCUUCAGUGUCUUCCUUAUUCCUCUAUAUAGAUGUAUCUAUUGUACUCCACUGGUCACAAUCAUUCAAAUAUUGCUUAUAAAGAAAUAUGAUGGGUUUGACGAUAAACAUCUCCAUCGUCUCCUGAGUGGGCUCUUGAGCUCUUCAUGAAAACUGGGUUCUUUCCGUAUUACCACUGAGAAUUGUCUUUUUUUCUUCGUCUAAUUUAUUUUCUCUUGGCUAUGUGAAACAUAGACACGAGUGUUGUGCCGCCGUUGAUCUAUGCUGUCAUGGGGAGCUCGAAGGAGAUAGCCAUCGGCCCCGUCGCCGUCGUCUCCUUGCUCCUGUCCUCGAUGAUACAGAAGAUCGUGGAUCCCGUCGCUGAUCCCAUUUCCUACAGGAAGCUGGUCUUCACUACGACCUUCUUCACUGGUCUGUUCCAGGUCGCCUUUGGGUUGUUCAGGCAAGUCCUACGAGUUGAAUCAGAUGCUCUCUGUGAAUUCAAUCUAAGUGAAGAUUCUUUGGUCUGAUUUUGUGAUCUGCAGGUUGGGUUUCCUUGUGGACUUUCUCUCUCAUGCUGCCCUCGUGGGUUUCAUGGGGGGGGCCGCAAUCAUCAUAGGAAUGCAACAGCUAAAGGGUCUGCUCGGCCUCUCCCACUUCACGAACAAAACCGACGUGGUUUCAGUCUUGAGUGCCGUGUCUUCCGACAUCCAUGAGCCCGUAAGCCCCCACAGUGUAUCACCACAAUAAUUUAUAGUUAUGUAAAAAUAUGGAUGCAUUAUCUUUAGUUUAAUGGGAAUUAUUUGGGGUUUUAAUUAGUUGAAUACCUUAUUGAUUAGCAGUAGAUAUUUAGGCAAAAGGAUCAAGGUUCUGUGAUUCAUUCAAUGACUUCUGAUUUUUUACAGUUUAUGCACCCGGGAAAUUUUUUCAUAGGGUGCUCAUUUUUAAUCUUCAUCUUAACGACAAGGUUCUUUGUAAGUAUUUUCUCCUGAUUGUGAAUACAUUCUUUUUUUUUUGUUCGUUUCCCUUGAUUUAUUUAUUUUUAAACGUUUUUCUUUAGGGAAGAAGGAACCGGAAGCUCUUCUGGCUGCCCGCUAUAUCUCCUCUGGUUUCAGUUGUUCUAUCAACUCUGAUGGUCAAGCUCACCAGGGCCGAUCAGCAUGGGAUCAAGAUCAUCAAACAUGUAGAAGGCGGCCUCAACCCCAGCUCGGUCAAACAGCUGGAAUUUAGCGGGUCAUUUGUUGGAGAAGCUGCUAAAAUCGGUCUUAUUUCAGCAAUCAUAUCACUCACGGUUAGUCAGCCUAAGUUGAAAAAUAGCAUCAGAAAUAUAGUCGUAUACUGCUUAUUAUAAAAAUGAAACUAUGAUUAUAAAUAUGAUGUAAAAUUGCCUAAUCUUGGCAGACUAUUUAUCAGGCUAAUUAUAUAACAAUGAACUGACUAAUCAGGAAGCGAUUGCGGUGGGCCGGUCCUUUGCUUCAGUGAAAGGUUACCACCUUGAUGGGAACAAAGAGAUGUUGGCAAUAGGCUGCAUGAACCUUGCUGGAUCGAUGUCAUCCUGUUAUGUUGCAACAGGUUUGAGAAGACAUUUUAAUGUUUAGAGUAACAUCAGGUUUUUAAAGUAUAAUUAACAUUAAUUAUUGUUCUCUGUAUUUUUUUUAUUAAAGUGAAUAGUAGAUAACAUUUAGUUUUUUUAUUAAAGUUGACUUAUUAGCCGAAUUAAUUCAUGCCUUCUGAUUACAGUGAAAAUAUUUUUGUAAUGGUUAUUGAAAGAAAUAAAUUUCAGAUUCUGGCUUCUUUAAAUUCUGUCAAAAAUUUUAUUAGAAAUGAUUGAAUAAGCUCAUUCCAAUGUUUUCAUUUUUAAUGUAGUAUCAAAAACUGUGUUAAAGAUAAAUUUUAUACUAAUUCAAAGUUCCUCAGCCUUUUUAAAGAAAUUUCCUAAGUUUUAUGAAAGGUGAGUUAAUUAUCGAAUAUAAAUAUUUUACUUUAAAUAGCACCAAAUUUAAGUAUCUGUUGAAUAGGAAAAUUUAAAAAUCAAGAGACAAAAGAAAAAAAUAAUUUAAACUUUCCCUCCAAUAAAAGCAUUUGAUUAUUUGCUGCUUAUCCGUUGGGGAAAUCAAUGCAGGCCGAAACUCCAUUAGUGAAUCUAAAUCUACUGAAAAAUUAUCUAUAUUUCUCGAUUAUAACCCUUACAUGGUCUGAUAAUAUUUUGAUCAUAGGAAAGGGACUCAUAGAAUCAAUGAAUCAUAAAUUUUUUCAAUAUGGAAUUUUUUCUUCAUUGUGAUGUCGUCCACAGCAAAAAGAAAUUUUCGUUCUGCUGCUGCACAAAUAAUCAUUUUCCUGAAUUUAAUUCAAUUUAAUUUAAUUUAAUUUGAUUAAAUCAUGUGUAGGUUCCUUCUCUCGAACAGCUGUGAACUUCAGUGCAGGCUGCAAGACUGCAGUUUCCAACAUCAUCAUGUCUCUGACGGUGGUCAUAUCCCUUGAGCUGCUCACAAAGCUGCUAUACUUCACGCCCACUGCCAUCCUGGCUUCUAUAAUCCUCGCUUCUCUACCUUCACUGGUCGAUGUUGCAGAAGCAUUCCGAAUUUGGAAAGUCGACAAACUAGACUUUGUGGCGUGUCUCGGAGCUUUCUUCGGCGUGCUGUUUGUAUCAGUGGAGAUUGGCCUUCUAACUGCGGUAUGGUGAUUUUUUUAAAAUAUCCUAAAUAUAUCAUGCUUUUUUUCCAGAGAAAUGCCAAUUUAUUUAUGUGUAUAAACUAAUUAUAUACUCUGACUUGAUGGCCAGUUGAUUACAUAUAGCACAUGCAUUUCUUACAUACCGAAUUUAUUCUUGGUUACUAAAUUAGUUAAAUAAUGGGAAAAUAGGUAUAUUGUUACGCGGAUUUAAUCUUUUUUCCUGUAUAAAAUACUUAUUCGUGUUGUGGAUGGUCGAUUUAAUCGUAAUUUUUUUUAGUAGUGAGAUAAUCAGAUAAUGUGAUUCUAUGGGCAUUUAAUUAUGGGUAAUAUGCGUAUAUAGACUUAAUUAAAUAAUGUCUGCAUUUAGUCGACAUAUCUGGGUCUGUAGAUAUGGCUGCAGGAAUAUAGAAUCACAUCAAAUGUUUUGAAAAAAAUUGUUAUAUUUUUUUUUAUGAAUUGAUAAAUUCAUCUGGAUGCCCAUCCGGUCCAUAAUUAUGUAAAAAAUCAAAUGGGUUGUGAAAUUGUUUAGGUCAUUUAAUCACAGAAAAUGUUUUGAAAAAAUGUGUCGUUUUUUUUUAUGAAUGGAUAAAUUCAUCUGAAUUCCCAUCAGGAGCAUAAUUAUGUAAAAAUUCAAAUGGGUUGGGAAAUUUUCAUGUCAUUUAAUCACAUCAAAUGUUUUGAAAAAAUGUGUAAUAGUUUUUUUUAUGAAUGGAUAAAUUCAUCUGGAUGCCCAUCAGGAGCACAAUUAUGUAAAAAAAAAAUGGGUUGGGAAAUUUUUCAGGUCAUAAUCUCCUUCGCCAAGAUCAUACUGGGCUCUCUCCAACCUCGGAUUGAGGUGCUGGGAAGGAUAGAGGGGACGAACACCUUCUGCAACGUCAGGCAGUUCCCCAUGGCGAUUAGAACUCCAAAGUUGCUGACCCUUCGGAUCGACUCUGCCUUCAUCUGCUUUGCCAACGCCAAUUCCGUCAGAGAGAGGUACUUCUCUCUCAUCUACCUCCUUAAAAACAGGCAAAAAGCUGUGUAGAAGGAUGAGAGAAUCUGACCCAACGCCAGUUUCUCUCUCAUCCACCUCCUUAAAAACAGGCAAAAGGCUGAGAAUUCGGCAACUAAGCAUCUAGAUGAAUUCAGAAGGAUGAGAUAAUCUGGUUCAACGCCAGUUUCUCUCUCAUCCACCUCCUUAAAAACAGCCAAAAAGCUGAUAAUUCGGCUAAUAAGUAUGUAGAUGAAUGCAGAAGGAUAAGAGAAUCUGGCUCAACGCCAGUUUCUCUCUCAUCCACCUCCUUAAAAACAGCCAAAAAGCUGAGAAUUAGGCUAAUACGUAUGUAGAUGAAUGCAGAAGGAUGAGAGAAUCUGACUCAAUGUCAGCUUCUCUCUCAUCCACCUCCUAAAAAACAGCCAAAAAGCUGAGAAUUUGGCCAAUAUGAAUCUAGAUGAAUGCAGAAGGAUGAGACAAAUGUUGGGGUAAAUUCUCUGGAUUCGGCCAUUAAAUCUCUCUCUGAAAGUGGAAGAAUCAGAUAAAUCUUGGUCCAUCUUCUCUCACUUGAUCAUGUUUCAGGAUCUUGAGAUGGGUGAAAGAAGAUCGAGAGAUGACGGAGGAGAACCCCGAAGAGAGGGCCCAGGCGGUCGUCCUCGACAUGUCCAGUGAGCCUCAUCAACUGCAGCCCCAUAAGUAAUGAAUUUUUUCUCUUUAAAAGUUCACUUAUUUGACUGAAAAUUAUUCCUCUGACAGAGGUGAUGAACAUCGACACCACUGGCCUCAUUGCCCUCGAAGAAGUCCAAAAGCAGCUCCUUUCCGAUGGCUUACAGGUGAGUAAUGACCCUUCAACCCUCCAAACCCAGAAGAUCUCUCUCUCUCUCUCUCUCUCUCUCUCUCUCUCGCUAUAGAGAGAUAUGGCGGAUUUCAUUCAGGACCCGGGAAUUAUUUUUGAGGAGUUUGCUACAGAUUUCGAUAGCCAACCCGGGAUGGCAGGUGAUCCACAAGAUGAGGCUGGCCAAGUUCUCCAACAAGGUUGGAGAGAUGUUCUUCCUCACUGUAGCCGAAGCCGUCGAAGCUUGCCUCGGACUCUAUGGCAAGAACAUCCGUCCAACUCAAUGA